AUGCCAGUUCCCCGCCCCGGGGCCAAAAAAAACCGUCACUGUGAUAAAAUCCCACGCGCACGCAUAUGCAACAGUCGUUUCUGCAAAGGAAGCAAAAAAACGGGGUGCGGAACCCGACCAAGUCGCAAUUCGAACAGCGCCGCGCCGCAUACAGUGAAGAACUCUCAAAGAGCUUUCGCGACGUCCGAAAGGAAUAAAAACCCUGACCUCAAUGAUGUUAAUACACUGGUGCAUCCUGCUUUCAAGCGUCGGCAGUUGUCGCGUAAGCCAGAAAUACUAGCUCCUGCGGGCGGCUGGCCGCAGCUGCGUGCGGCGGUUGAGGCUGGGGCCGAUGCGGUAUAUUUCGGAUUGGAGGCUCUAAACGCGCGAGCGCGUGCUAGCAAUUUUGCUGUCGAGGAAGUCGCCGACGUGAUCGGCUAUCUUCACGAGCGAGGCGUUCGGGGUUUUGUCGCCAUCAACGUGUUAGUGUUUGAUGAGGAACUUGCCCAGGCGGAAAAACUUGUCCGCGCGGUGGCACGAGCCGGUGCUGACGCAGUCAUUGUACAGGAUGUCGGAUUAGUUUCCUUGAUUAAAGGACUCGCACCUGACCUAGUUAUCCAUGGCUCAACGCAGAUGUCCAUAACAUCUGCCGAGGGCGCAGAAUUCGCACGAGAGCUCGGAUGUGAGCGUGUGGUAGUUGGGCGGGAGCUCAGUAUUCGUGAGAUCGCAGCCGUGCGCGAGGGAACCACAGCAGAAGUCGAGGCAUUUGUUCAUGGCGCACUCUGUGUUUCGUAUAGUGGUCAGUGUUUCUCAAGUGAGGCUUGGGGGGGACGUUCGGCAAACAGGGGGCAGUGUGCGCAGGCAUGUCGACUUCCAUAUGGUCUAGUCGUCGAUGGCGAAGUCAGGGACAUGGGGGACGUGAAGUACCUUCUGUCACCUCAGGAUCUCAUGGCUGUGGAACUUGUUCCUCAAUUAAUCGAUGCAGGUGUCAGUUGCUUCAAGAUAGAAGGCCGGCUCAAGGGACCAGAGUACGUAGGACUUACAACAUCUGUUUACAGGCGUGCUGUUGAUGAAGCAUGGGAAGCACGAUGUUGUGAGAGUGUUGAUGGGCACGCGCCUUCAGGUGCCGAAUGGGAUCUACCUGAUGCUGUUCGCACAGAUCUUGCUCAAGUUUUUGCUAGGGGUCAGGAUGAUAAUUACGACGGAUUAACAAAAGGAUUCCUCGAAGGACCUAACCACCAGCGACUCGUCCGUGGAAGGUCUCCGCGUCAUCGGGGCGUACUGCUUGGAAAAGUUGUGGAUAGCUUCAUACACAGCGGGGGCGGAGUUGUCGUGCUGUUGAGUGGAAAGGUUUCUGUGAAGAGGGGGGAUGGUGUAGUGUUUGAUCGAGGCAUGCCAGACAAAGCAGAGGCUGGGGGUAGCGUUUGGGAAGUUUUAGACUCAAGUGGCAAGUCGGUUGCCCGCAGUGCGCACGAAGCAGUGAUUUCCGGUGAGUAUGAACUGAUGUUCGCGAGUGCCACAAUGAACAUGUGGGCGAGUGAGCACGGAGGCCUACAAGAACCAAAACCCGGUGACCUUGUGUGGCGCAGUUCUGACACAUCUCUUACAGCCCGGCUGCGCAAGAUGUACGGCAAAGACGUCGAUCAAAGGUUGCCACAAAAAAAGGAACCGGUGGUGGUUCACAUGACAUCCGAAGGUAUUGGAUCGCCGCUCCGCAUAUCGCUCAUUGAUGCGCAGGGUCGUAGAGGUGUAGGGAUCACCCGCGGUAGUUUUUCCGUCGCACAACGGAGGCCAUUGACAUUUGCUAGCCUAGCGACGGCCGUUGGCCAACUGGGUGACACGUAUUUUUGUGUUGGCGAACUGAAUAUUGAAAGCAUCCAAGGAUUAAACUCGCUUCCCGGAUUAUUCAUCAGCGUUGGAGAGAUCAAGGCAGCCAGAAGAGAAGCGGUUGAAGCCCUGAUGUCAUUCAGAAGUACAUCAGGUAUUGCUGAGGCUGACAACAACUCGGAAAGCCUCGCCCUUCAAGAGUCAAUGGAGAUUUCUUGGUGGGAUAACCGAGCCACGGAGAAAGAAACUAAAAUACUUCAGCCGAAAGCUGUUUUUACGAAAACAUCUGAUCAGGAAUGUAAGCUCACUGUUCUGUGUCGCACGCGAGAGCAAACUUUUGCGGCGAUGAACAUUCCGUGGCUUCAAGAAAUUAUCCUUGACUUUCUGGAGGUUCACGGCUUGCAAGACAUGGUCGAUCGAGUGAAGGCAAGCGGUCGAAGAGCGGUGGUGGCCACGCCUAGGGUACUGAAGCCAAAUGAAGAACGCCUGUGGCGUUUUUAUCUCAAAUUAGGAGCAGAUGCGCUUCUAGUGCGGUCAGCUGGUUUGAUGCGAAUUUUGAAAAACCUCAGGGAAAAUGGUGAGGACCGUUUCAUUCCUGAGCUUCGUGGCGACUUUUCGCUAAAUGCUGCGAACGCUGUUGGUGCAUCUGUGCUGUUCAGGCAUGGUGGCCUCCUCACUCUUACUCCAACACAUGAUCUAAAUGCGGCGCAACAUGUGAACAUGGCACGUGCUCUUGGUGCAGAAGGUGCUGCUAAGCUUGAAGUCAUUGUACAUCAGCAUCUUCCAAUAUUCUAUACCGAGCACUGUGUUUUCUGUAGAUUUCUAUCGGAAGGAAACUCUUAUAGGGAUUGUGGGCACCCAUGUGAGACCACCCGCAUCCAUCUUCGUGACGGUGGGGGUAGUGAUCACUUGGUGCUGGCGGACAUGGGCUGCCGCAAUACUGUGUUCAAUGCAAAGGCGCAGAGUGGAGCGGAAUACGUUCACGAGCUGAUCAAUGCAGGUAUCAAGAGGUUUAGAGUUGAGCUAGUGGAUGAGCCUGCAGAAACUGUCUCUCCACUUUUGGAAGCAUAUAAGGAUUGUCUCUUGGGUCUGAAGAGAGGCAGGGACGUCGUGAGACUGGUGGGUUCAUUUCCAGAUGCCAACGGCAGGAGCCACGGUGCAGGGAGGGGAUCUUUUGAAGUUAAAAAAGAAGUUGACAGAGCCUCCAUGAAACAGACCGCGGCUGCACGGAGCACAGCACACGUGCCUGCGAGGUCAGUCAUUGAGGAUAACUGA